GACAGUUUAGGCAAUAUAACAAACAGUAACGCACGAAAUUGAAUCGAUUCAUUCAUUGCUGGCGCGUAGCGAGGCACAUGAAAAGUUAAGAAAGCAUGGAAUCGUGGCGAAAAUUACGUGAAAAAAUCAUGAGACGUUAAGUAAUGAAAUUUUGAGAGUGAAAUUGUGCGAAGUAUACACAUAUCGUACAAAACAGAUCGGAUAAAACGCGUAAAGGACAACAGCGUAUAAUUUACACAACACGCAGGCGCGCCAACAUCGAGGUCACGCACACGCACGCUACCAACAUAACCAUACAUACGUCUACACAGUGAAAGGAGCGAAGAGAGAAAGAGGAGAUGGUGCUCAAGUCCGGGUAGGAGUGUACCGUAUACGUCGUCUGACAACCUCCGACAUCCACACGCAUACACACACAUCCUGUUUUUUAUAUACCGUAAAUAAAUCCACAGUUCCAUACCAUACGACGCACCACGGUCGAGGUGUUCGACAGCUGCUUAAUAAUGUCGCGUAAAAGUGUAUCUCGGUGAUAUUGACGUGAAAAUAAGUGAGGAUCGAUCGAUCGGUGGGAAAACUCUGUAAAUCUAUAACAUUCAACGUUCCUCCGAAGCGACUGGCAGGCUCCUUGAACUCUUUACGCGAAGAAAUUCAGCCCAUCUUCUAUUACGAGACUGGCUGACAAGACGGCUACGCGUACUCUUCAAUUCCAGGAAUAUUGCCGAGGUGACGUCUUGUUCGCGGGAUAACGAGGCAUGGCUACCUCAGUCUUGGAGGCUUCCUCAACACUGGCAUCCACUGUAUCAGGAGCCAUCAACGACACAAUGAGCAGAGCCGCAGAUCCGAGUAGCGACCCAAAUUUAACAGGAACACCAAUUUUUCUACAAACCAAAGCAGCCCAGGGUAUUGCUGGUGUUUUUGUUUGGGCCGCGUUGUUCCUAACUUGCCAACAAAUAUACCAGCAUUUGAGAUGGUAUACAAAUCCGACUGAGCAGAGAUGGAUAGUGAGGAUUUUGUUCAUAGUACCGAUAUAUGCAACGUAUUCUUGGAUAUCGUUGUUAUUCUUCAAUAGUGAGAGUUACUACGUGUAUUUUUUCACCGUACGGGAUUGUUACGAGGCAUUUGUAAUAUACAAUUUCUUGUCGCUGUGCUACGAGUAUUUGGGUGGAGAGGGUAACAUCAUGUCCGAAAUAAGGGGGAAACCGAUACGGUCAAAUUGUCUCUACGGAACUUGCUGCCUAGUCGGUAAAACUUACACCAUCGGUUUUCUAAGAUUCUGCAAGCAAGCCACCCUCCAGUUCUGCCUUGUCAAACCCGUCAUGGCAUUUGUCAUUAUAUUCCUGCAAGCCUUCGGGCAUUAUCGAGAUGGUGAUUGGUCGCCCGACGGUGGUUACAUAUACAUCACAAUAAUAUACAACAUUAGCGUUUCCCUCGCCCUUUACGGACUGUUUCUAUUUUAUUUCGCUACAAGAGAUUUACUCACGCCUUUCGAACCCGUGCUCAAGUUUUGCACCGUCAAAAGCGUCAUCUUCUUAUCAUUCUGGCAAGGUGUGCUGCUGGCUGUUCUCGAAAAGGCAAAUGUCAUUUCAUCUGCCAUCAAUAGCGUCGGACUGGCGACCAGCGCUGGUACAGUAUCGGCUGGUUAUCAAAAUUUCUUGAUCUGCAUAGAGAUGUUGUUCGCCGCUAUUGCGCUUCGCUACGCAUUUCCAUAUCAAGUUUACUCAGCUGGAUGCGUAACUGAUUCGAGAGGCAGGAGUGUUACCAUGCAGAGCAUCAGUAGCAGUUUAAAAGAGACAAUGAAUCCCAAGGAUAUUAUGACCGACGCGAUACACAAUUUUCAUCCUCAAUACCAACAGUACACGCAGUACAGUUCGGGAGGAAGUAAAGGUCAGCGAGGAAUGCGCGUAUCAAGUUACGACCCUGACGACCCUCAAAAUAUGCCUGUGCCGCCACCUCAACGUCGCAACACCUCUAAUCAACGAGUUGCUACUAUUUCACAAAAUUAUAACGAGAAAACGAUGCUUCUGAGUAGCGACGACGAAUUUCAGUAGAGAGAGAGUGAAGAGAAAAAGAAAAGGACCGAUCACCCAUUUUCAUUUUAAGAAUUAACGCGUAGAGUAAUGAUUGCGCAAUAGUCGAGUGGGCAAGAAAAUUUUACGAUAUUAAGUGAACGAGAAUGUUCCGAAAGAGAAAUAAUUAUAAAUAAAAUGCCAAAAGGCUCGGUUAAAAACGAGCGUUUGAUCGAUUUUCAAAUUGAAAAUUGAAUAAUCAAUAAAUGUAUUUAAAAAAAAAAAUUUUAAUCAUGAUGAGACAGAGCAUACCUACAUAAAUAUGGUCAUGAAGUAUGUGUACAUCAAUAUUUGUCCCAAAGUAAAUUCUUCUUUUCUCAGGAAGUUGAUUAAUUGAUUAAAAAAUCGCAAAGAACUCGUGUUCAAUUUUUCAACCAAAGUGUACAAAUUUCAUUUAUAAGUGAACAUUUUUUUCUGUUGUUUGUUUGUGUCAUUUGUGUUAUUCUUUUUUAUACUCAAACAUUGUGAUUUUCAUUGCACACGUCACGGUAGUUGUACAAACAUAUUUCUUGUGAAAUAUGAACAGAGAUUAGACUUUUUUUUUCUUUAAAUUCUGUCCGGAUUAUAGACGAAAAAAGGAAAGAAAGGCUAGCGUGAGAAAAAAAAUUGAGUUGUCAUGACAUCAAUCGUUUAAAAAAUGCAAAGAAGCUCUUAUGAAAAAAAAGAGUCUGUACAUGGUAUAAGCAUACUAUAUAUUCGACUAUAAUAGGUAAUUAUGGUUCCAAAACUAAGUAAAUGAAGUGAAUAUUUGUUAUUAUAUUUAAGAAUAAUGAUGAUAUAUAGAAGAAUAUUUAUUUUAAUAAUGCCCAUGCACUUAAUUAAAUAGAUUUAUAUUACUUGACGACGUAGGUUUAUAUAGUCUAAAAAUAACAAGAGAAAAAGGACGAAAAAAAUAAUACAGAUUUCAAGCCGCAUAGUGUUUCGUUUAAAUAUUACAUUUUAUCUUCUGUUUUCUUUGCUAGCUUCAUAUUUCGCGAAAUUCCGAAAGUAAUUUACGAAGAACAAUGAUUUGAUGAAAAAAUAAAUAAAAAUUUCGCUGCCAAAAAUAUUUAAAAAGUACGUCCAUUUAAAUUAGCAAAUUGUUAAUACAUGCAUACUCGUUGACGAACAAGGUUUUUUACAAUUAAAAGAGACGAGAAAAAAAAAGAAAUAGAAAAAUUACGCGUUUGAGAACAUAUUUUUAUUAUAUGGGUAAGUAAGUAUUGAUAACUGCGUGUAGAAGAAGUGUAUGUUCAAAAAAUACGAAGAGAAAUAGUAAUGCUGUUCGUUUCUCGUGUAUAAAGUAUUAAUGAUUGAUUUGAGUAGGCGACGCCGUUCUUAAAGAAGUAUCAAAUUUUUUUCUUUGAACAUAUUUUCUUGAAUUUCGAUAUAAUCAUACAAAUAAGAAUAAACUAAUUUUCAGUCAAGAAAAAAUAAAAUAAAUAUAAAACUAUCCGCGUCCUGGUGUAAAUACAGACAGAUCUAUACAGCUGUAUUCAGCUUAAAAUUAAGCAGUUUAAUAAAAUUCCAUGAUGUAAAGGAACGAAAAAAAUGUAUAAAAUUGUUCUAUUGCUUGCAGCAUAUUAUUAUUAUUAUUAUUAUUAUUAUUAUCAUUGUCAUUAUCACCCAUUUAGUAUAAAGAACCGCAAAGAAAAAGAAAGUGAACAUGUUAUUCAUUCAAAGUGAGAUUAUUCCAUAUUGCAUUUAAUUUUAUGAAUUGUGAAUAGAAACAAUUGUACAAUGUAGUACGUUUUUUAGUUAAUUAUAUUUUCACAGUUUGUUGCCGAAAGUUUGCGCUCUCUCUCUCUCUCUCUCUCUCUCUCUCUCUCUCUCGCUCUUUCUGUAUUGAUCAAAGAAUAAUAAAAAUAUGUAACAAGUUAUACAUAUUCUUACGUAAUUUUUGUUAUUUUUUUUACCUUGCGUAGAAUUAUAAAACAUAACUUUAUGUAAAUUAAUAUAUGAUCUGUUGUUUCAAAGGUGAAGAAAAAAAAUGAAUUACCGUCGCAUUUGAUGUCCAUAAUUAAAGUUUAAGGAGAAAGCAAAAAAAAAAAAAAGCAAAAAAAAAACAAGAACUUGAAAUCUUAAGGCUAAAUGUACAUAACGUAUUGUUAACAUAGACUAUUAUGAUAUAUAUAUAUAUAUAUAUAUAUAUUAGGGUAGUCCUUAUUUAGGGGUCGGACGCAUUUUUAAUCAGACGCCCCCCAAAUCGGCUCCAAAUAAUUUAAAAAAAAAUCCUCUUUUUUUCAGAUUUUUAUCUAGCCUCUAACCCCUCCCCCCGGGGGGUGAAUUUCCCCAUUUGAAAUACACGUGUUUCGGCCAUAUUCUCAGGAUAUAUUUUAUUCUAAGAGUAAUAAUUUCUUAAAAAAUCUGUAACUGCGAGAUUUUAGUGUUCAUUGGUCCUACUAUAUGAAAAAAAAUUCACAAUAUCAUACGGAUCAAUUUAGACAAAUUGCACACCCUUUAACCCUAUGAAGCAUAGUGGUAACCCACGUUACCAACUCGAUUUUCUUGAAUUUUUCUAAUUUUUUUACUUCUCAACAUAUUCAGAUCCGGUUUUUUGCAUUUUUUAGUUAUUUUAGUCAUAAAAGAACAUAAAAAUAUAAUCUAAUCGGCAUAAUUGUUUAUAAUAUUAGUUUUAUAAAUAAACAAACUAAAAAAAAUCACGUUUUUUUCGGCAAAAUUCAUCCUUAUUUCAUAUUCAUAUAUUCAUAUAUAUAUAUAUAUAUAUAUACUGAGUAUUGUUGUAUGCAUUUAAUGUACAUGAACAAAGUCGAAAACAAAAAUCUUAUACAACUUAUAUGAACUGUCGAUUAAGAAUUGUUGCAAUAACACCGUCAUGUUGAUUUGCAUUAAAACCGAUGCAUAAUAAGUAACUCACCCUAAUGGAGUAAAUGACAAAAAUAUAUAUAUAUAUAUAUAUAUUAGGGUAGUCCUUAUUUAGGGGUCGGACGCAUUUUUAAUCAGACGCCCCCCAAAUCGGCUCCAAAUAAUU